AUGUUUUUUCAUAAGGCCUGCGAAUUGCCUGUAGCCACAACUCGACCUCAUCGCCCAACCUCGAUAUUGGAAGAUGACGCUGCUCGUUCAUCCAAGAGACUCAAGGUGGAAGCCGAUUCCCCUUCUUUGACCGAGGCAUCUGGCACAAGUCAUACGUCCGAGACAAUCCCCACCUCCCUAGAAUCAUUAUUGCCAACAGCUCGCAAAGAAGCUCGUAUCGACCAAGGCUCGCCGAAACUCACUUCAGCCUUGAGAGAGGUCUCUCCCCCACCUCCAAGACGCCCAUUAUCUAGACCUUCUGACACGAAGCUUGGCAACGCCGUUACGUCUACUUCUCAGAAACCCGCGUCAAUGAAGCUCCCUCCGCGAAAGGCGCCAAUGGAAACCCUCAACCCCCGCAUGCUGCCCAAGGCGCCAGCUUCUCAUGCCAUCCGAACUGCCAUCCUGAAAAAGCUGCAUGCUGCCAUGGUUGGUCUCAAUGAAUGUCUAAUAAAAGACAAAGACCCCAAGAAUCGAGACUUUGUUUUAAAUAAAGAUGAGCUUAUCACAAUGGCUUUGGAUGAAGAGGAAAGAGUUGCCAAGGAAAAUCCUGGUGUUUACAGCAACAUUAUCAAGAAUCGCAUCGUCAAAUUACCGAAAUUUUCCAUGGAAGAAUGGGUCAAGGAAGUCAUGGCUCACCUAAAUAAGCGAUACUACCACCAGAAUCCUAUCCAACCGGUUCAAAAUCGCGCUGAAGAAGAAGAAGCAGAAGCUUCCAAGCUGGUUGAUACUGGGCUGACCAGCAAGGAAGAGAUUGCUCUGGUGACGGAGUUGCUCACACCUUUGGAGGGCCUCGAGCAGUUCGGCUACGUCACCAAAGCACCCACAGAUGGAGAGAUUGAGUUCGCCAAGAAAGGUACAGAGGAUUCCAAAGGCUGGGAGAAGUGCGACCGAUGCUCAGGACGAUUCCAAGUCUUCCCUGGACGCCGAGAAGAUGGAACUCUGGCGAGCGGUGACAAUGUCACGGGUUCCUCGGAAUCAUACUACCCAUGCUGUGGAGAAUCUGUUGGCACUUCGGUCGGCUGUACCAAAGGCAACACGCAUGUCUUCAAAGUCUCCGAAACCAAGCGUCUUGCGUCGAUUCUUCAAUUCCAAGAGACCCCUCGCCAGCCCAACAAAGGGCAUCUCGAUCCAGUGUGCUUUGACUGUGAAAUGGGAUACACAACCGUAGGUAUGGAGCUCAUUCGUCUUACUGCUGUCAGCUGGCCUGAAGGUCGUGAGCUUCUUGAUGUCCUUGUCAAGCCCAUGGGCGAGGUGUUGGAUCUGAAUUCGCGCUACUCCGGCGUUUUCCAAGAGCACUAUUCUUCGGCUACCCUGUAUGGUACACCUACACCUAGGAAGGAAGUAGGGGAAAAAAAACCUCUGCAAAUGGUUGAGUCACCUGCUGCAGCGCGAGCUCUGCUGUUUGAGCUUCUCCAGCCCGAAACACCACUCAUGGGCCACGCCAUUGAAAACGACCUCAAUGUCUGUCGAAUAAUUCACCCCACAAUCAUCGACACAGUCCUUCUAUACCCUGCGCCGCGACGUCUUCCGAACCGUUUCAGCCUCAGAUUCCUUGCUCGAAAAUUCCUGGGACGUGAAAUUCAAACUGGAGGAGACAAGGGUCACGACUCCAAGGAGGACUCCAUUGCCACGGGCGACUUAGUACGAGUCAAAGUGGGUGAACUCUGGAAGCGCUUGAAGGCUGAGGGGUGGAAUUUUGAGGGAGAUGCACUUAUUGCACCGCCUGGUCAAGCGUCCAGCGAUAUGCGUAAAGCUGAGGGCGAACCUUGA